AUGACCACGAUCACAGUUCCUCAAGUUGUCCCUUCUCCGGUUGAAGAUGCUGAGGCGCUCAUGAAGGCCUUCCAAGGAUGGGGCACCGACGAGCAGGCAGUGAUCUACAUACUAGCUCACCGGGACGCGGCCCAGAGGAAGCUGAUCCGGCAGGCGUACGAAGAGAAGUACAACGAGCUCCUCACCGACCGGCUCCAGUCUGAACUUUCCGGCGAUCUUCAGACAGCGAUGGGCUACUGGGUACUCGACCCCACGGAGAGGCAGGCCGUGAUCGCCAACGCCGCCACGAAGUGCAUCGACGAGGAGUACCCCGUGAUCGUGGAGAUCGCGUGCGCCAACUCGCCCGCCGAGCUCCUGGAAGUGAAGCAGGCCUACCACGCCAUCUACAAGCGCUCGCUGGAGGAAGACGUCGCCGCUGGUGCCACGGGAAACCUCCGUAACCUCUUGGUCGCCCUGGUGAGCACCUACAGGUACGACGGCGACGAGGUGAACGGCGGGCUGGCGAGAUCGGAGGCGAAGAUCAUUCAAGCGGACGUGAAGAACGGCGUCACGGCGGACCACGGGGAGCUCAUUAGGGUCCUGGGCACCAGGAGCAGAGCCCAGCUCGGCGCCACGUUCAACUGCUUCAGAGAUGAGCACGGCACCACCGUCACCAAGGCCCUGCUGCAUGGGUCCGAUCCGACGGGCUACGCGCGCGUGCUGCGGACCGCGGCGAGGUGCAUCGCCGACACGGACAAGUACUUCGCCAAGGUCCUGAGGAACGCGAUGCACAAGUCGGGGACCGACGAGGAGAGCCUGCUCCGGGUGGUGGUGAUGCACGCGGAGAAGGACCUCAGGGCCAUCAAAGACGAGUUCCACAGGAGGGCGUCGGUUGCCUUGGAGCAAGCCAUCGCCAAGGAAACCUCCGGUGACUUCAAGACCUUCAUCAUGGCUCUUGUUGGGACUAGCCAAUAA